AUUUUAUUGAAGCUUCUUGAAUAAUAGGUUCGUGUAUUAUGUGCUCAUUGGUUUAUGUGGUGAUAAGUACAUUGCCUUGUAACUCAAGAAUGAUUUGCCUGUGUGUGUUAAAUUUACUGAAGUUUUUACUGGAGUUUUGUGGUUGUAACACCGUUACAAAAUGUUAGUUUAAUUCUUAAAUAGAGGAAAAUAUCAUUUUUAUUCGUUAUCAUUUAUUCUUUUAACUCUAAGACCAGUCUUAUUUCACUGUGAUACCUUGUCCGGUGUUAUUUUCAUUUUAAACCAAUCAUAUUGUAAUCUAACACUUUGUCCCGCCUUCUGGCGUUGCUGAUUGGUUAGAUGAGUUUUGUGACCGAUGGGGUAGGGUGAUACUGCACAGAUGGAGCACGUGUUCCAUCGCAGCGGCAGGUUUAAGAGAGACGAAGCUGGAUGGAGUCUAUUGAUUUUUUGAGUUCUUUAUGAACCGAGUUUCAUGUUUAUCUUGUCAUCAAAGGAGGAAAUAUUCAACAUUAAACUGGGAAGCACAUGAUUCAAUUUCGAGACACAUCAGAGGAACUGCAGUGUUUGAACAAACUUGACUUCUUACAAUGAAAACUGAAUCUUCACAGAUUCCAGCUGCUUGCUCACAGGCAAGCACUUCUAACGCUUUAUGUGAAGGCACGUCCAUCUUUGUGGAUCAACGUUUUGGAGGAACGCUGGAGAAGACUCUAAAAGUAGAACCUACAAAACCCUCCCUAAACAGUCUUGUGGACUAUUGCAGUUCCUUCUUCAUCAACAGAAGCAAAACACAGUUCUGUCACCCAGGCCUAGAUGUUCCCAAUCCCGGUAUUCCUGAUGCAGGCCUGGGAGUCUUUAACGAGGGACAGACCGUUCCAGCUGAUGGACACUGUGAGGAAGUGAAACACACAGAGGAAACUAUGACAAGUCCCUUCUGUUGGGUGAGUCAAGUCAAAUUUGAAGUGAAGCAGCUGACAAAGCUGUUUGACUGCUCGCAGUGUGGAAAGAGUUUUAAGCAAAAGACUGCUUUAAAAAAUCACCAGCUCAUUCACACAGGAGAGAAGCCAUAUCACUGCUCUCACUGUGGGAUGAACUUUACGCAGUCGAGUGGUCUCAAACGUCACCAGCUUAUUCACACAGGAGAGAAGCCAUAUCACUGCUUACAGUGUGGGAUGGAUUUUAGGCGUCCAGUGGCUCUCAAACAACACCAGCGCAUUCACACAGGAGAGAAGCCAUAUCACUGCUCGGAGUGUGGGAAAGGUUUUGCGUCCUCACUGUUUCUCAAACAACACCAGAACCUUCAUACAGGAGAGAAGCCUUAUCACUGCUCAGAAUGUGGGAAGAGCUUUUCUUAUUACACUAGUUUCCUUGUACAUACACGUGUUCACACCGGGGAGAAGCCUUAUCGGUGCUCGGAGUGUGGAAAGGGCUUUGCCAGUAUGGCGAAUUUACAAAGACACAAGAUCGUUCACACAGGACAAAAGCCUUAUUACUGUUCACAGUGUGGGAAGUGUUUUACCCAGUCAAGUGCUCUGAAAACACACCAGCGCAUUCACACAGGGACGAGUGGACAAAAGAGCUAAUAAAGACAACCGCAAGUCAUUAGCAAAUUCCUCUGGAUCCGCUGUGACACUGACAUGUUACUGAAGAAAUAAAGGACACAAUAUAAUUAUGGUCCACAUGGACUGGGACAAGCAGAAAUAUGAUCUAUAUUUGUGUCGUGUUUUUACUCUACAAUCACAAAGCAAUGAAGAAAACAUAAAAUUGAAACUGAUUACAGAGGCUACAGUGCUGCUGAGUUCAUACAAUAUUGUUAUUAACGUGCAAAUAUAUGUAUAAUGACCAUCAUUAAAAAUAAGGGAUAAACAACAUCAAACAUC